AUGGACUAUGAAAGGCUUUGUAUGAUUGGGGACUUUAAUUCGGUGGUGGAAGUUGAAAGAGACUAUAAAAGAGCAUUGAUAUAUCCAAAUUUAUUGGAGAAAAAUAAGAUAAUUAGAUUUAAGGAAUUGGUAAAUGAUCAAGGAGAUUUGAAACAAGAAUUGGAACAAGAAAUUGGUAGGGUGAUGGAUCGGUGGACAUUUGCACAAGUGCAAUCUAAAUUUGCAAGAGAUAAAAAGAUAAUAGUUUUUCAGAAUUACCAGCAUAUCGUGGCUUUAGUGUUUACUGUAAAAGAGAUCAAUGAAAAUCCCCAGAUCCUACCCAACAUCACGCUGGGCUUCCACAUUUUUAACAGCAAUUUUAGUCCAAGCCGGACUUUCUUUGCCUCAAUGAUUCUACCUUUCACUCAGGGCAAAUUCAUCCCUAACUACAAGUGUGGGAUCACAAAUACCUUGGCUGCAGUCAUUGGGGCACCUGACAUCUCUCUUCACAUGGCAACUUUAUUGGGAAUCUACAAAGUUUCUCAGUUGACCUAUGGCUCUUCUCCAGUCAUAGAUAAAGAGACUCAAGCAGUUUUCUUCCAACAAAUGUUUCCAAAUGAAUCCCACCAACGUAAGGGCCUCCUGCAGUUAUUGCUGUAUUUUAGAUGGAUCUGGAUUGGAAUUCUUGUAGUAAAGGAUGAGAAAGGAGAGAAAUUCCUCCAAGAAAUACUCCCCACAUUUUCUGAGCAUGGCAUCUGCACUGAAUUCAUAGCAGAAUUCCCAACUGGAGCUUUUUACAGUGAUUUUGAUGAAACCGUAGAUGAAGUGCGACAUAUAUACCAUGUUCUCAUGAACAGCACAGCCAAUGUGAUAAUCUUAUAUGGUGAAAUUCAGUCCUUAACAGUUCUGAGAACUAUCCUCCAGAUUUCAGAAGUGGAUGAUAUACCAAAGAAGAAUAAGAUUUGGCUUAUAACUGCUCAAACAGAUUAUACUUCAAUUUCCAUUCAUAAAACUUGGGAUAUCCAUUCUCUGCAUGGUGCUGUAUCCUUUGCAAUUCACACAACGGAAAUCCAAAACUUCCAGGAAUUUCUUCAAAAUCUAAAUCCAAGCAACAAUCAGAAUGAUCAUUUUCGGAAAGAUUUCUGGGAACAGGCAUUCAGUUGUUUCUUCCCAAACUCAAAAAUGGAGGAGUCUGAGAAGAAAUGUACUGGACAGGAGAAGCUUGAAACCCUUCCUACAUCUGUGUUUGAAACAAGCAUGAGUGGCCAGAGUUAUAAUAUUUACAAUGCGGUCUAUGCUGUGGCACAUGCUUUGCAAUCUCUCUCUCUAUCCAAAUCUAAAGAAACAGGAAUGAUGAAAGAAAGAAGGAAACAUUUUCACAAUCAAGUGUGGUGGCAGGUACAGGGAAUAGAAAGUCCACCAGCCCCAUCCUCUCUGUCCCAAUGCUUGCUGCCCUGCUGCUACAAGGACACUUCUCAACCGCUGGCCUCCAAAAAGUGGCCUGUGCUGCUGCUGACCUCAUGGGGGCUCUUAGCCCCACUGGUUCAUUCUUUUCUGAGAAGUGUCAGAUUCAACAACUGUGUUGGUGAAAAGAUCUCCUUUGAUACAAAUGGAGAAUUCAUUGGUGGAUUUGAUAUUAUCAACUGGAUCACAUUCCCAAACCAAUCCUUUCUUAGGGUCAAAGUUGGAGUGAUAGAUCCCACAGCUCUAGCAGAGAAGUUCUUCACUAUUUCUGUAGAUUCCAUCACAUGGCCAGUAGGCUUUAACCAGGCAUUACCUUUAUCUUUGUGUAACAAUCCUUGUGAGACAGGACACAGCAAGGCCAAGAAAGAAGGAAAGUUCUCUUGUUGCUAUGAUUGUCGUCUAUGUCCAGAGGGGAAAAUAUCAAAGGAGAAGGACAUAGAUGACUGUUCUCCAUGUCCAGAAGAUCAAUACCCAAAUCCCAGGAAAAAUAUGUGCAUUCCAAAGCGGAUCACCUUUUUGUCCUAUGAAGAACCCUUGGGGAUCAGUCUGACUGUUCUUUCUCUUUGCUUUUCUUUAAUGACAGCUUUGGUAAUAACAAUCUUCAUGAAACAUAAAGACACUCCCAUCGUCAAAGCCAACAACCGGAAUCUCACUUAUACACUCCUAGUUUCUCUUCUCCUCUCUUUCCUUUGUGUCUUUCUAUUUGUUGGGAGGCCCAAUACGAUUGUGUGUCUCUUUCGACAACCAGCUUUUGGGCUCAUCUUUUCUGUGGCGGUUUCUUGUGUCUUGGCCAAAACCUUUGUUGUGGUUCUAGCAUUCAUGGCCACCAAACCUGGUUCCAGAUUGAGGAAAUGGGUUGGGGGAAGGAUGGUCAGUUUCAUUCUUCUAUCCUGCUCCCUUAUUCAAAUAUGUGUUUGUGCUGUGUGGCUGAUAACAUCCCCACCAUAUCCAGAUUUUGAUGCACAUUCAAUACCUGAAGAACUUAUCCUGGAGUGCCAUGAAGACUCGGUCAUGUUCUACUGUGUUUUGGGCUUUAUGGGUUUUCUUGCUCUGCUUAGCUUCUCUGCUGCUUUUCUAGCUAGGAAUUUACCUGACAGUUUCAAUGAAGCCAAAUUCAUCACCUUCAGCAUGCUGGUCUUCUGCAGUGUUUGGUUGUGUUUUAUUCCAACCUAUCUAAGCACAAGGGGAAAAUAUACAUUGGCUGUGGAGAUCUUCUCCAUGGUCUCCUCCAGUGCUGGCUUAUUGGUGUGCAUCUUUUUUCCCAAGUGUUUUAUCAUUGUGAUGAGACCUGAGCUUAAUGAUAAGCACCAGCUCAUGAAGAGAAAGCUUUAAUAAAUCUUUAUGUUUGCCUGAUAUUCUUUAUAUGUACAUGUUUGGGAACUUCCCCACUUCAACAUUUAAGCCAGAGAACAAUGUAUAGAGACAGUGAUGUUCUGUGUUGCCCCGUCUCCUGGAGAUUUGGAUAGCUUUGAAGGGGUGUUUUUCCCCUUCUGGUAGGCAAUUAUAAGUGGGGUCUAUAAAGUUAUAAACUA